GCUAUCGUAAAUGUCGAAACUACAAGUCCCAGAAAGCAUUUCAUCUGGUACAGGAAGUCCUUUACGACCUUGGAUUUUUUUUCCAUUACUGCACGUACCAGCAUGGCGAAUAAGGAGCCCAAUAGGUUGUUGCAAAGCUUGCGGGACAUCGCCAGCAGGAUGUCCUCUGGCUCGAGGGGAGCUGGUCUGGGAAUGAAACUACUCAUCGGCGCUGGUGCAUUCGUUUAUGGGGUCAAAGAAGCUACGUAUACAGUGGAAGGAGGACAGCGGGCGAUUAUCUUCAACAGAAUUGGGGGGAUGCAGAUGGACACUGUCCUUGCUGAAGGACUGCACUUCAGAAUACCCUGGUUCCAGUAUCCCGUCAUUUAUGACAUCAGGGCAAGGCCCAGGAAGAUCUCCUCCCUCACCGGAAGCAAAGAUCUGCAGAUGGUGAACAUCGCGCUCCGUGUGCUGUCCCGGCCCGUGGCCUCCAACUUGCCCAUCAUGUACCAGCAGCUGGGCAAGGACUACGACGAGCGCGUGCUGCCCUCCAUCGUCAACGAGGUCCUGAAGAGCGUGGUGGCCAAGUUCAACGCCUCGCAGCUCAUCACGCAGAGAGCCCAGGUGUCCUUGCUGAUUCGCAGAGAGCUGUUUGAGAGAGCCAAGGACUUCAACAUCAUCCUGGAUGACGUGGCCAUCACCGAGCUGAGCUUCAGCAGGGAGUACACGGCCGCUGUGGAGGCCAAGCAAGUCGCCCAGCAGGAGGCUCAGAGGGCACAGUUCUAUGUGGAGAAGGCCAAACAGGACCAGAGACAGAAGAUCAUCCAGGCAGAAGGAGAGGCAGAAGCUGCCAAAAUGUUGGGAGAGGCCGUGACCAAGAAUCCUGGCUACCUGAAACUGCGGCGAAUCCGGGCCGCCCAGAACAUCGCUAAGACGGUGGCGGCUUCGCAGAACAAGGUGUAUCUGAGUGCGGAUAGUUUGGUCAUGAACCUCCAGGAUGAAUCCUUUAACAAGAUUCUGGCUCUGUCACCACUCGUAUAAAGUGUAAAUGCACUCAUGGUAAAUGUGCCAUAUGCUUCAAAUGAAGUUGUGACGAUUACAUGUAAACAAUGUGCAGUCCCCUCCACAAGUAUUUGAACAGAAAGGUCAAUUCCAUUGUUUUUGCUAUACACUGAAGACAAUUGAGUUCCAAGAUCAGAUUUCAGCUUUCAUUUCUUGGUAUUUUUAUCUAGAUUUCUUACAAAAGGUGAUAUGUUCUAAGUUUUUUUUAAUUUUUUUUUUUAUUAUUAUCGGACCACCCAAUUUUUCUGAGCAAAAUUAUUGGCGCAUUUGACUGACAGGUGUUUCUUGUUGCCCAGAUGUGUCCUGUUAGAUUGAUUAGUUAAACGAUAAAUAGUUCUGAAUGUACUCAUGGUUUUAGCCUUGCGGUUUGCCUGUGAAGACUGCAUUUGUGUUAGAAAAUAUUAGCUAACAUGAAGACCAGAGAGCUGUCUUUGGGAGAAAUGCAAGCCAUUUUGAAGCUUAGAAAAGAGGGGAAAUUGGUCAGAGCCAUUGCACAAGCAUUGGGGAUAGCUUGUGCAACAACUUGGAAUGUUCUGAAAACGAAAGAAACCACUGCCGCACUGAGCAACAGUCAUCAAACAGGUCAACCAAGGAAAACGGCAGUUGAUGAGACAUUGUGAGAGCUGUGAAGUAAAACACCAAACCUUCACCCCUGCACUGACUGAUGUUAUCGCAAUCAACCGUUCGAAGAAGACUUAAAGAGCAGCAAUAUAGAGCCUAUACCACAAGAUGCAAACCACUCAUCAGUAGUGAGAAUCGGAAGGCAAAAUUACAAUUUGCAAAGAAGUACAGAGAUGAGACUAAAAGUUGUGGAACAAUGUUUUAUGGACUGAUGAGACGAAGAUGAACCUCUACCAAAGUGAUGGAAAAGCCAAAGUGUGGAGAAAGAAAGUGUCUGUUCAUGAUCCAAAACAUACAAGCUCAUCUGUGAAGCACUGUGGAGGAAGUGUCAUGGCUUGGGUCUUGCAUGGCUGCUUCUGGCUGCAGCAGGAUGAAUUCAGAAGUCUACAAAAACAUUCUGUCUGCCAACUUACAGAGAAAUGUGUCCAAACUAAUUGGGGGGGGGGGACUUCUUCAUGCAGCAAGACAGUGACCCAAAACGCACUGCUAACACAACAAAGGACUUCAUUAGGGACUUUCAAGUCGAUCACCAGACCUUAAACCUAUUGAGCAUGCAUUUCACCUCCUGAAGAGGAGAUUGGAAAACCUUCCAAAACAAACAACUGAAAGAGGCUGCAGUAAAAACCUGGAAAGCCAUCACAAAAGUAGAAGGCAACAGACUAGCUUGAUGCAGUUAUUGCUCAAAAUAGGAUGGUCUGAUACCAAAGGUGCCAUGUUCUAUGUAGUUUAACACAUCUAGUUGUACCAGGAAAUAAAAGCUGAAAUGCUGAAAUCUUGUCUCGUGUUCAUCUUUUCAUCUCAAACCCAAAUGUUUUCAGUGUAUUGCAAAAACAAAGGAAUUGGCCUUGCUGUUCCAAUACUUUUGGAAGGAAGUGUAUGUAUAAAAAUUAACAAAACGCUGCAUUGUGCCAUAACCAUACCUCAAGAAAAUCAAUUCCAUCUCUUCAUUUCUGCCAAGCCUUAAAAAAAGUACAAAAAAAAAAGUGAAGUUGUCGCCUGUCUACAAAAUGGCCGACGGCCUUUAUCUCAUCUGAGGGAUAGCUUCCAGCAGCCCGGUGCGGAAUCUUGAUGUCAGCCCGUUCUCGAGGUGUCCGUGAUUUCUUGGUCUAGCGAAUGAUUUUGAAUGUGUGAGUGUGUCCGUGGCCCGGGAGAUUGGCGGUUGUGCCUCGUUGGUAGUUAAUGGCGCUGCCUUGCGUACCCUAAAGGCUCAAGCUGACUGAGCGUCGGUGAGAAACUGCAGCCCUCGGCCUUCUCUCCGAUCGACCGGGCCACGUGCUCGUCCCACGAUCAAUCGCUCGACAAAACGAGUUGUGGUCAUUGGGGGUGCGAGCUGACAUCGAGCGUCUUUUCAGCGAGGUUACGGAGAACCAUAGGCAAGAUCUUGAAGCGAUGAAAGUGUUUGAGGGGAUUAGCUCUCGCCACUGUUAUGCUAGGUCACUGUGACUCAAGUUAUUUUUCUUUCCUGUCACCUAAGUUACACUCACGUCUAAUCACGUCCAUGCAGCUCUAAUUCAUUGUGUACCGAUUGUGUGUAUGCACGCUAAAUAAAUCCCUCUUGAACUCUU